AUGGCACGCGCCGUUCGCGGCGCCGCCCUAACGCUGGCGCUCCUCGGCGCAUCGGCCCUUUCGCACAACCCCGUGCGCCGCCCGCCGUCGGCGCCGAGAGCCGCGACGACCGCGGUAAGCGCCGCGACGACGGACGUGGAGCUCGGCACGUGGAUGCUGCUCGUGCCCGAGCUCAACGCCAUGCCCGGCCGCUUCGACUUCGACCAGACGGAGUUCAUGUCGGCGGAGGAACUUUUGGAGCGCGUCGACGGCCUCGCGGAGGCCGCCGUGCUGUCGACCUGCGACCGCUACGUCGUCGUCGCCGCCGCGACGCGCGACGUCGACGGCGUCCUCGCGGCCAUCGAGGCGCGCGUGACGAUGGAGAUCGCCGUGCGCGCGGGGCGCACGGGCCGCCAGCUCCUGCUCGCCGCGGGGGCCGACGGCGCCGCGCCCUACGCGCCGCGCGCGCCGCUGCCGGCCGUCGAGGAACUGCCCGGCGGCGCCGUCGACGCGCUCGCGGCGGCCUUCGCGGGCCUCCGGGACGAGCGGCGCGGCGGCGGCGACCUCGUCGCGGACCUGCUCGGCGAGGAGCGCGCGGGCAAGCGCGAGCAGGUCCGCGCGCCCGCGGCGGCGCCCGCGCCGACGCGGCGCGACGCGACCGACGAGCUCACGGCCGCGCAGCGCGAGAAGCUCGCGAUCCGCGCCGCGAAGCGCGAGGCGCGCGAGCGGGCGCGCCUCGAGGCCAAGGCGGCGACGUUCCUGCCGCUCGCGAAGACGACGACGCGCGAGGCCACGGAGAAGUUCAUGCUGCGGCUCGGCGCGGGCCUCGAGUCGACGAUCGUCGGCGACCUGACGAUCGGCCGCCAGCUCUGGGACCUGCGCGAGGCGUGCCUCGCGACGGGCGCCAUCGCGACGAACGGCCCCCUCUGCGCGCUCGUCGACGCGGCGCGCGCCGCGGGCCGGCGGACGCGCGACGAGCGGCUCGGCGACCUGAGCAUCGCGCGGUUCCCGUCGCGCGAGGACCGCAUGACCGACGACGAGAAGCGCGCCGUGCUCGACCACGCGCGCAUGGUCGUCGCGGACGAGCACGCGAGCCUCAAGGCCGAGCGGAAGGUCCGGCGCGCGGCCGGCGCGAUCUCGGAGCUGCGCCGCCGCAGCGACGAGCGCGUGCGGCGCGCCGCGGACGCCGGCGCCGACAACCGCCGCGCGCGCGCCGCGGCGAACGCCGUCCUCCACGCGCCCACGAUCGCCCUCCGCGGCGACCCGCCCGACGCGGCCGCCGUCGCCGACGCCGCGCUCGCCGCCGUCGACGCGGCGCUCGCGCGCGUCCUCGCCGGCGACGCCGUCGUGACGACGCGCACGCGCCGGACGGAGGUCGUGGGGCGCGGCGGCGCGAAGCUCAAGCCCGACGACAACUCGACGCCGCUCCUGUCGUCGAAGAGCGACGGCGCGCCGAAGGAGUGGAAGGCGGGCCUCUGCUCCUGCAUGGAGUACCCCGGCGUCAACGUCUGCGCCUUCUACGCGCCCUGCUUCCGCUUCGCGCAGACCGCCGUGCGCGCUCGCAUGAAACCGAACUGGGGCUUCGUCUUCUGGUUCGCGCUCUACUUGUUCGGGUUCCUGCUCUUCUUCUGCCCGCUGCUCUGGCCCUGGUGCAGCGCCGCCUGGCCCCUGAAGCUGUCGUCGACGGCCUACGAGACGCAGAUCUGGUUCCCCUGGUGCGCGAUCUGGUACCUGUCGCUGCCGACGAUCGUCGCCGUCGGCGCGUGGAAGCGCUACGAGAUCCGGCGCAAGUACAACAUCAAGGCCUACGGCGGCGAGGACUGCGGCGCCGCCGAGGACUGCUGCCUCCACUUCUGGUGCGAGCCCUGCGCGCUCGCGCAAGAGGCCGUCGAGGUCGACCUCCAGGAGCUCGGCGUCGCCGUCGCGAGCGCGUCCAUGGGCGAGCGGGACUAA